AUGGUCAUGGCGUUCUCGACCUUCACCGUCGCCUUUGCGAGCUCAGCAUACAGCGGCGGACAAGCGCAGGUCAUGAGCGAAUUCGGCCUCUCCGAAGCCGGUGCUACGUUGGGAAUGUCAUUAUACGUGCUAGGGUUCUCAAUAGGCCCUGUGUUCUGGGCGCCACUAUCGGAGAUAUUUGGACGGCGGCCCGUCUUUGUCGCCAGCUUCGGGGUGUUUACUAUAUUCAACGCUGCAGCUGCCGGGUCAAGGAAUGCUACUUCGCUCCUGAUCUUUCGCUUCCUGGCUGGGUCGUUCGGCUCUUCGCCGCUAUCCAACGGCGGUGGCGUGAUAUCUGACAUCUGGGACCCCCAGUUUCGCGGUUCGGUGUCCACAUUCUACGCAGCAGCGCCGUCGAUGGCCCCCGUUCUCGCACCGCUCAUGGCGAACUUCGCCGCCCCAGAGAUUGGCUGGCGGUGGAUACUGGGGAUCUGCAGCGGUUUGUCGGGGCUCAUCUGGAUCCUGGGCGCGCUCGUGCCGGAGACCUACGAGCCGAUCAUCCUGCAGCGCCUUGCAAAGAAGCUCACCAAGGAAACGGGAAAGGUCCACGCCAGCAUCCUAGACGACGUGAGCCAAACACCUCGCGAAAGAGUGCGCAACCUGCUGAGCAAGUCGGUCCUCCGUCCGUGGCAGCUUCUCGUCUACGAACCCAUUUGCCUGCUCUUCGCGAUCCUCAUGGCCAUCGCGUACGGCACGCUGUACCUCACGUUUCCGGCCUUCCCAUAUGUGUACGGGGACGUACGCGGCUGGAGCCAGGGCGUGUCCGGGCUGUCGUUUCUGGGCGUCGGCGUUGGCCAGUUCAUCGGCCUGCUGUACUACGUCUGGGACAACCGGCGAUAUAAUCGCGUAGCCAAGAACUCACCCCACGGUCAUGCGCCGCCCGAGGCCCGAUUACCACCCUGUCUGGUGGCAACGAUUGCGCUGCCUGGCGGGCUCAUCUGGUUCGCGUGGACGAACGGCCCCAGUAUCCAUUGGAUAGUGUCGAUUAUUGCGACGGUGCCGUUUGGGUUUGGGCUGAUUAUUCUGUUUCUCGUGACGAUCAACUAUCUGCUGGAUGUGUACACCAUCUACGGCGCGUCUGCGGUGGCUGCGAAUACGAUACUGAGGUCGCUUUUGGGGUUUGCGUUCCCGCUGUUCACUCGCAAGAUGUACGAGGACCUGGGAAUCCACUGGGCGUCGAUGGUCCCGGCAUUUCUGACCCUGGCGUGUCUGCCGUUUCCGCUCAUUUUCUACAAGUACGGCGAGGCUAUUAGGAUGCGAUGCAAAUACGCGGCCCAUAGUGCUAGAAUGGCUGCUCGUAUGAGAGGCUCAGAAGAGGAUGGAGUGCCGUGA